UCAUAAUCGCAAAUGUUGAGCAUCUGCGCACUUCCAUCUUUUCACCAAACAGCUAAGCCACUUAUUGUAUUAGAUUAUCCACAAUAAGCCUCUCUACUUCCGGCAUGAUUCACGGUGAUCCAAUUCCAAAGCUACUUAACCUACGUUCACAAAAACACUCAAGUCAUGCAGAAUCACUUUAUCAAACUACCGUUAACCGCGCUUAAGUGAACAGUUCCCACCCUGAUCCAGGUUCAUCGAUCGAUUCCGCUCACUUUCCCUUUAGUCUCCUAGUUUUUCCACAGUAUGUGCAAACCAGUGUUGUUUUUCGCGUUGUGUGCGACGGCUUUUGGUCAUCUGGUCGAUCGCACCCUCGAACCAGGGGCUCAUGGUCGCGACGUGGUGGAAGCGGUGGUCCAUAGGAUCCACAAGAGUGGUGUGUUCUCCGACGACAAAGACUAUCUUCGCCGCGUGGCCUACGCUGAAAGUAGGUUCGGCGACGAUCCAGCGACCUACCGCGAGGGCUACUACGGGGGAAUCUGGCAGUGCGAUUGGCUCCUGGUGACGCAACAUGACGGGCCGUAUAACGCAAUCAGCCCGCCGCUGAAACGCAUCCACGAGGCGAUCAAGGAUAAGAUGGGUAUCGAUUGGCUCCAGGUGAAGGAGAAAGACUUGAUGAAGCCGUUCUAUUCAGGACUCGCCGCCCGAAUCCACAUUGAACAGACAAACCACCGAGGGAUUCCUGACGACAUCAGGGGCCAGGAUACAUUCUGGAAGGUAUGGUACGACACGCACCGACGCCAAUACGGAGAUUUCGAGAAAUGGGUUCGCCAUUUGCUCGAGGAAGACAUGCGCACUGUUGGCGGGAAGAUAGACACGAUGAUGGUCAUGGAUGGAAGCGGUAGUAUCACCGAGAUAUAUUUUCAGUUGGCAUUGGACUCGCUGGCUCGCUUGGUCAACAUCUUCGACCUCCAGGAGGCCAAUGUAGGUUUUGUCGUAUACUCCCUUGAAGUGACCAAGCUUAUACCUUUGAUGAACAAUUUGACAAUGUCCAAACUCCAGGAGUCCAUUCGGAAGUCUCAGUGGCCGGCCCUCGGUACCAACACCUCCGCUGGAAUGUUCGCAGCUAUCGAUGAAUUCCGAAAAUUAUCAGAUGCCCGGAAAGAAAUGGGCAUACCACGACUCUUGGUUGUCUUUACCGACGGGAAACAUACUGAGGACCCGGAUCCUGGUGUUGCCGCUGAAGUGGCUGCAAAAUCAGGAAUAAUAACUUGUGCCCUCGGGAUCGGCCCCAAAGUCGACAAUGACGAAUUACUCAGAAUCGCGAACAAUGAGUCUGAUUUCAAAUUCAACACAGAUUCGUACGAGACGCUGAGGGAGCAGAUAGUCCUCAUCGCCCGGCGGGCGAAGACGGUGCCGCAGACGCCAAAAAUGGGAUCAGAGACUAGCGAGACACUGAAGGAGGUCGGCGAAAAGAGGUACUAUCGACUGGGAAUGCCGCAGAAUGGUGUGAAAAUCAAAUUGGUCAACGAGAGGGGUGAGACCCGAGGCUAUUGGACUUACGCAGGCGAGCGGCCGUCUAGUGCCCUUUACGAUGGGGUUUUAACCGCGGGGGAGACGCUUAUUCCACCCCCAUCGGCGCGAGUUUCUUCCGGGGAGGUUAGACAUCGAAGGAACGUGAGCCUGGAUGCACCGAAUAACGAUGUGAUGAUCGUGCUGGAGAGUUUUGCGACCAACAGUGAGGUGAAGAUGAAGAUUGUUGAACAUGGUGCCAAGUCUGCGGCAAUCAAAGCUGAAGUCAUUUGCACUGCUCUUAUUUUGGUUUUCGCUCUCAUUAUUGUUUUGUUGAAGUGACUGACAUCGGUGGUUGUAUAGGAUGGUAAUUUCAUGUAAUAAGGGUGGAGAGGGAUCCCUGUUUCAGAAAUUUUUGCGGAAAUUUUUCAUAAAUUUUUCGUCCUCCAGACGAAAGAAUUUAACUCCGUUCGGAGGUUGCAAAAUUGACUGAGACAAUUUAAUUUUUUACAAGAUUGCGCAUGUGCAGUUUUUGUAAAAAAAUUUCCUGAUUUUUGCAUGAGAUCCGGGGGACAAUCAGUGAAAUUUCCCGUCAGAAGUGCUCAAGAUUCAUCUGGGUUAAAAUGGAAUUUGUUAGGAAGAAAUUUGGUAACACUGAAAUUUAGUUACACCUUUUCGUAAGGCGAACGACAGAUUGUGGGAUGCUCGUAAAUUGUAAUAAAAAUUCGAUCUCACAUGUGAGUAAAAUACCUAGUUGCAAUCAAUUAAAAUAGAACAAUUACAAAGGAAUAAUCAGGUUUUGAGUUUGCUCAUUUAAAAUAAAAUACAGCAAGUGAAUGGUCACCUGCAUUGUCCUGUGCAUUGCGUGAGUAUGAAGGUAGAAAUUACUAUAAGUGACAGCAUAUUCUACGAUUUUCAGAAAAUUCUAAACUUGCCCAAAUUUGCCGAAGCCUGAUGUUAUUCACCUCCUACUUUUCCCGUAUUCCUCAUGUAUGUUUUAGCAACGGAGCGCAAACAAAAAACGCCUUCAGUUCUGUGUUUAUGCAACACCGCGAUAUCUAUAUUUGAAUAGCUUUUGUUCGUUCGUUUAGACCAUUAAAAAAUUAAGAAUUAAAUUAC